AUGGCUACGACGAUGAACAAAACAAUGCGGCCAAUGGUUGGAAUUAUGAACGGCUGGAGGGCUUCAUUAGUUCGUUCGAAGGCAACCAAAGUAUCCGCGGCCACAGCUGAAGACAUGUCCGUUUCAAUGGGAGCUACAUCCGAGACCAUUUUCAAGCGAGAAAGUAAAUACGGAGCGCACAAUUACCAUCCCUUGCCCGUAGCCCUCUGUCGAGGCGAAGGAGUUCGAGUAUGGGAUGUCGAAGGACGCGUUUACUAUGAUUUUUUAAGUGCCUAUUCUGCCGUCAAUCAGGGCCACUGCCACCCACGCAUCAUCAAGGCGUUGCAUCAACAAGCUGACAUACUAACAUUGACAUCGAGGGCAUUCUAUUCGGAUGUGUUGGGAGAAUAUGAGGAGUAUAUUACGAAGCUUUUUGGCUAUGAUAAAGUCUUGCCUAUGAACACUGGAGUAGAAGGCGGUGAGACGGCUUGUAAAUUGGCACGCAAGUGGGGCUAUACUGUCAAACAAAUCCCGGAAAAUCAAGCAAAGAUUGUCUUUGUCGAAGGCAACUUUUGGGGUCGAACAAUGGCAGCCAUUUCAAGCUCUACCGACCCGUCCAGCUAUUCUGGAUUCGGUCCGUUCAUGCCUGGCUACGUCAUCAUCCCUUACAACGACCUGGGCGCUCUAAAAACGGCUCUGGAAGACCCAACUGUCUGUGCAUUCAUGAUGGAGCCGAUUCAAGGCGAAGCUGGGGUGGUCGUUCCAGAUCCCGGUUAUCUCAAAGGUGUAAGGGAGCUUUGCACGAGAAGCAACGUACUGUGGAUUGCCGAUGAAGUGCAAACAGGACUGGGUCGAACUGGCAAACGCUUGGCUGUUGAUCACGAAAAUGUUAAACCGGACAUCCUGGUUCUCGGUAAAGCUCUAUCUGGUGGUGUUCUUCCUGUGUCCGCUGCUCUUGCGAACGACAACGUGAUGUUGACCAUCAAGCCAGGAGAACACGGAUCGACAUUCGGUGGCAACCCUUUGGCCUGUAAAGUGGCCAUGGCAGCGUUGAAAGUUCUAGAGGAAGAAAAACUAGCAGAUAAUGCUGAAACACUUGGGAAGCUUCUACGAGCAGAAAUGAAUGAGCUUCCUAGUUCAGUGAUUAAACUAGUGCGCGGAAAAGGAUUGCUAGACGCUAUCGUUAUCCAACCAGAAUUCGACGCAUGGGAAAUUUGUCUAAGGUUGCGUAACGAAGGACUGCUUGCCAAACCAACUCACGGUGACAUUAUUCGUUUUGCUCCGCCAUUGGUUAUCAAUGAAAAGGAAAUGCUUGAAUGCACAUCCAUCAUUAAAAAAGUUAUUUACUCGUACGUCAAAUGAAACAAAAAUUUGCAUCCUAAAUAAUCCUUCCGUACGAAGAUAUUUUCUGUGAGGGCUUCCUUUUCAUUGCAAUUGUUUUCUCUUAAAGCCAGCAGCGGAAACAUUUCCCAUAUUUCCCCUUCUUCUAUCUGUUAUCUUUUCACUACUUUCAAUUGAAUUAUUCAAAAAAGAAUUUUGAACGAUUUUGGUCGGAUUGGGUAAGACGAGAAUGAAAUAUAUUUACAUCGUUGCCUGAAAAAGAA